AUGGCUCCAAGAAAAGCGGAUAAUAGAUGUUUGAACAAAUCAGACAUCGGCAACAAUCACAGCUUCCUCGAAAUCGGUACAGGUGCGUCACCACAUCUGUUCACUCACAAAGGCCGCCAGGAGAAAGUUACUGGCUCCAAAUCCGGUCCAGCGGGAAAGAUUAGAAACAGAUAUGUAGGUCUCCACCACAUGUCCGCUAUUUAUUCUCGCCAUAUAACCGUACUCCAGCUUUUGGAGGCUCUUAUUUCAUUUGUUCACAACUUUGCACAGUUAAUUCGUCUACGUUUAUAUUAUGGCAAGUCUGCAAACUCUUAUCUCGGCCAAAAAGGUUACAAUACUGUCUAG